GGCGAAUGUCUAAUAUCAGAAGCAGAAGAAAAACAACAUGGAUUGAGGGAGAUUCUUGGAAACGCUGAUGAAUUAAUAAUCCGUUCUUAUAAUGAAAAUUCAAUUAUAAGUGUCACUAUUUGCAAGGAUGAUGAAAGGCGACACAAGGAACAUCUACCAAUAACAGAGAAACUUACUCAAGUUAGAGCACUUCUUAAAAUGGGCCCAAACCUUAUUUUCUGUGACGGAGAUGAAAAUAUUGAACAAUCUUCAGAAGCUUUUAUUAAUUGGAUAAAUAUAGCCAGGUUGGAAGGUGAAAAAGAACUGAUUAGACCAUCAAAAGAAUUUAAAAAUGCAGUAGAUAAAGCUAUUGAAGGAACAAAUCCUUAUUUAAAGUUGAAAAAUGUCUUUGCAAUUUUUGGAAAUUUCGUUGCUCAACGAGUAAUAUUAGGUCAUAAGCUGUUCAAUUAUACUGAAAUGGAUCAUGAACAUUAUUUCGCAAUAGAUGGAAUAAAAUGGACAACUAUUGAUGGUUUCAAAAAAAUUUCAAGAAGUUUACAAGAUAUGAUGAUGCAUAUUGAUCUUUUAACUCCAAAAGGUGAAAUAAUCAUAAGAGAUGAAUUUGAUAGUUGGGUUGAAUCUUGUCAUCUUAAUUAUAAUAAUUUACAACCUGUUAGUUAUGGGGAUUUGAUUGCAAUCUAUGAAAUUUUUGAAGAACCUACUCGUGGCAAAAUUAAAUCAAUUCUUAAAGAUCAUGAGCAUAACUAUUACUUGUUGAAAGCUUUGGGGCCAAAUGAAGAAACUAAUGUGUUCAAAACAUACUAUCCUUUAUCAAAAAGUGUACAUCUACAAAACUUGGAAUUAACUGAUAUGAAACAAGAGAUACUCAUGACUGAUAUUGUGCAAGUUGAUUCAUCUAUAAUAUAUUAUCGAGUUGGGUUUAAAAAUAAACUAAAAAGUAAUGAUUAUCAACUUUACGGAAGUAUCACAUCAAUAUUUGGGGAACAAAUCAAUGAAAAGAUUAUAAAAUUUAAAGCAGCAAAUGUUUUUGGGUUUUCAGUGCUAAUUAAAAAUAUUAGUAAAGAAACAAAAGAUUCUGGAAAAAUGAAUAUUAACUGGAUGUUGGUUGGCAACCCAAAAAUUGUUGAUCAAAUAAAUGAAUCCAAAAAUAUUGAAAGUCCAUAUAAACUUGGUUACAAAAGUUCAAACUUUAUUGUCAUAAAAACUGGUACUUUAGAGAUCGCAUCAAUUAAUGAGAAAAUUUUGGAAAUUUAUCUGCCUACAUUACCAAAAUUUCCAAUAAAUUCUGUAUUUGCUUAUACAUUUAAAUAUCCAUUCUCAAAUAAUGAACCAUCUCUUUCUGCAUGCAUUAAAUUUGAUGCUAGCAUUAUUCGGUUAAUUAUUAAAAAAAAUUUUGCUAAUUACAAUACUGAUGAAGAAGAAACAUCAGAUGAAGAAUUGAAAGAUGAUUUUAAGUGUCAAUUAUAUUGGU